CCCUCCCUCCCCUUUUCCGCCUUCACCCUCCAUUCCUGCAGCUCCUUUGCAAGGGGGCGCUGCUUCGGGAUUCCGCCCCUGCAAUUGCGCGCGGCGGGGCCAAGGGGGAGGCGUUGAGGGGCGCAAGAGGACCUGCUGCCCAAGGGAGAAGGCUGCACCCCAUUGGCAGCCUCGGUGUAAGUCUUGGCUUGGGAAAGUUUUCCCUCCACCGUCCCAAAAGAACAUCCCUGGAGAACAUCAAGGAAGAAACGUCAGGGAAAUCCAGGCCUGAGAUGGGAUAAGUAUCCCUCCCAUGGCUUCCAGCAAAGCGAUCCGGAAAGAAAGGGGGGCUCCCUCGUCCCUGCACCUCCCUGUCCAGGCUGCUCAAGGAAAGACAGUCAAAAUGGAGGAGAAGGAAACGGCCUGUGCCAAGCCGGCCGAGCAAGUCCAGAAGGAAUCCUGCGUCAUCCAGGCCAGUGGCCCCACCGAAAUACCGAGACGGGGGUCCCCACUGCAGAUCAAGCAGGAACCGGACGAGGGCCUGGCCCAGCGCUGGGAAGCCCAGUGGCAGAAUUUCCUGAAGAUGGUGCAGGCCCCGCAUCCCAGUUGGGGCUCCUCUCCGUUGCCAGAACUGGUGGCUUUUAGUGACUCCAAAGGGAUCCAACCUUCCAGCGGGAUGACCCCGCAGGUCUUUGGCUGGAAAGUGAAGGAAGAAGUCUGUGAGGAAGAGAUCGGAAACACGGAGGCCCAGAGGCAGCGGUUCCGGCAUUUUUGCUACCAGGAUGCCGAAGGGCCCCGCGAAGUCUGCAACCGUCUCCGGGAGCUUUGCCACCGGUGGCUGAAGCCAGAGAGGCACACCAAGGAGCAGAUCCUGGAGACCCUGGUGCUGGAACAGUUUCUGGUCAUUCUGCCCCCGGAGAUCCAAGGCUGCGUCCGGGACCGGGGACCGGAGAGUUGUGCCCAGGCGGUGGCCCUUGCUGAGGGUUUCCUCCUAAGGCAGAAGGAGGCCCAGUUGGGCCAGGAUUGCUUUGAGGAAAUGACGGUGAAUCUUCCAAGGAUCCAUCAAGUCUGCUUGGGGGCCUCUCGAAAGCUAG